UAUUACAAGUGCCCUUUUCCUAUCAACAAUCUACAUCUAUGAAGAAUUGAAAACAUUUGUGUGGAUUAUUUUUAGAAUUACUUGAGUAACUCCUCAACCCGCUCUUUGCAUGAGGUCUGUGUUAAAACGUAAAUAGUACUUUUCAAGGUUUUGUUUUAUGGACUUGUUUCAGAGAUGUGUUAAUUUUAUAUUGCUGACCUUAAGAUAAACUAAUAGAGGACUAGACCAUUCAAAUUGUGUAGUUUGUUAAAUUGAGUGCUGAUACAGAUUAUAAAAAAAUGGAGAACCCAGCAUUAUUAAAUAUUAAACAAAGAUCAAGCAAAUCUAGAUCACGAUCAAGAACUCCUAUGCAGAAAUUCUUUUCUUCUGCAGAGGAUAUGGAUGUGCCAGCAAUGAAUACUCGCAGUUCAUCAAGAAAUUUAUACAUAAUCACAGACGAGGAUGAUGCCCACCAUACAUAUGUAACCUCCGAUUACAGUUCUGAAGAUGGAAACAUAUCUCCAACAACCGUGCAAAAUAUUGACAAUACAGAAAAAGAAAAUAAAAGAAACGGACAUAAGGAAGAACGCCAGAGGACUGAGGCAGAAUUACUCGCUUACAAAGAGUAUAAAGAAGCCGGAGAAUAUUGGAACAAAUACCCAAAAACAGAUUACACCUACUCCAAACGUUCCCCCCACCGCAGAGAGCUCCCAGGAGGCUCUGUAGCUCUCCCAAACAUGUCCAGGCCGUCCCUGCACAGUUUCGACGAACGCAUGGACAAAAAGUUCUUGGCCGAACGAAUCAAUUACUACGAAUCAAGUAAAAUAAAGAAAAGCACAUACUCCACAUCGGCUGGAUCCAGUAGUGAUGGUAUGAGGCUGAGAAACUCAAUGACAAAGACCACAAGUUAUAAGGAUACAGAAUUUUCUGAUGAUGAAAUGCCGAGUCAGAGCUAUUAUUAUAACGGGAGGGAUGUUACUGACGUGAUGGUGGAGCAAGAAGGUUUGGUUAGGAGGUUUUGGUCGAAAUUGGUGAGCGUGGGAAGAUGGACGAAGAGCUGGUUUGUGGAUGUUGAGGAGAGUCAUGUUUACAGGACGCCCAUCAGACGAAGGAAUGCGGAGAGAGGUUUCUUCUCAAGGUGUUAUUCAAAGACACAGAAUGGUGUCUUAUGGUUCUUUAGCCAAAUUUAUUGGCUAAUCACCCUGGUGUCAUUGUUUGACUGCAAAUUGCUUUGUGGAAGAGAAACUCCACCAAGAUCGAGAAAACGUGGACUGGUUCUGCUGCUAUUGCUUCCCUUGUUGCUGCUUUGCGGAGUCCUUUUAUACUUGCAAAGCCCUGUCCAACUCUCUGAAUAUUAUCCUUUCGAACAUCCAAUUUCAUACUAUCCUGAUAUAAUGUACGAUAAAGUAUUAGAUUCUGUCGAAUAUACAAAAAUGAUAGCUCACGAUGGAGCUAAUGAACUUUCUGAUUAUUGGACGAAAGUUAAAGAAUAUUCUAAUGAUGCACUCGAUAAUAUGUGGAGCAAGGAGGAUGAUUUACCAAUUUAUAGUGCUUAAAUAGAAUGGAUUUAAUUAAUAUAUAUAUAGAGAUUUUUAAGGGUUGAUUUUUAGUUGUAGGAUGAACAAAGUUCUCGUGGGGGGUUUUAGUUAGGGUUACAUAGAGCAUUUUAAUUACAAUAUAAUGUUUAAAACUAUAGUAAAGAUCUGGUUAGUACUUUUGAUCCAAUCAUCGUAAAGACUUGAAUAUUUGAUCUCUCUUUUUUUUAAUAAAUAUGUACUCUUUUUGUA